ACAACCACUGCAGCCCUAACUACAACAACUGCUGCUCCUACGACCACGGCAACUCCACAACCUACUACGACAACCAGUGCAGCUCCUACUACAACAACUGCUGUUCUAACGACCACAGUGACUGCAGCACCUUCUACAAUAACUACAACUUCAGCUCCUAUGACAACCACAACAACAGCACCUACUACAACACCUGCAGUUCCUACAACUGUAGCUCCCACGACCACUCCACCUGAUGUACUUACUACAACAAUCACAACUACAUCUCCUGAUACAACAACUGUCAUUUCUACAUCAACCACAGCAGCUGCAUCUACGACAACCACUGCAGCUCUAACUACAACAACUGCUGCUCCAACGACCACUACAACUCCAGAACCUAUUACGACAACCACUGCAGCUCCUGCUACAACAACUACAACUUCAGCUCCUACAACAACCACAACAACAGCACCUACAACAACUACAACCACUGCAGCCCUAACUACAACAGCUGCUGCUCCUACGACCACGGCAACUCCACAACCUACUACGACAACCAGUGCAGCUCCUACUACAACAACUGCUGUUCUAACGACCACAGUGACUGCAGCACCUUCUACAAUAACUACAACUUCAGCUCCUACGACAACCACAACAACAGCACCUACGACAACCACUGCAGCUGUAACUACAACAACUGCUGCUCCAACGACCACUACAACUCCAGAACCUAUUACGACAACCACUGCAGCUCCUGCUACAACAACUACAACUUCAGCUCCUACGACAACCACAACAACAGCACCUCCAACAACUCCCACAACAACUGCAGCUCCGACAACAGCUUUAGCAUCUACGACAAACACUGCAGCCCUAACUACAACAACUGCAGCUCCUGCUACAACAACUACAACUUCAGCUCCUACGACAACCACAACAACAGCACCUCCAACAACUCCCACACUCCAGAACCUAUUACGACAACUUCUGCAGCUUCUGCUACAACAACUACAACUUCAGCUCCUACGACAACCACAACAACAGCACCUACAACAACUCACCUCCAACAACUCCCACAACAACUGCAGCUCCUACAACAGCUUUAGCAUCUACUUCAACACCUGCAGCCCUAACUACAACAACUGCUACUCCUACGACCACUGUAACUCCACAACCUACUACGACAACCAGUGCAGAUCCUACUACAACAACUGCUGUUCUAACGACCACAGUCACUGCAGCACCUUCUACAAUAACUACAACUUCAGCUCCUACGACAACCACAACAACAGCACCUACUACAACACCUGCAGUUCCUACAACUGUAGCUCCCACGACCACUCCACCUGA